AUGGGGGUACCUGAUCCCACCCGCAUUCUUUCUAUCCAGUCUCAUGUAGUCUCUGGCUACGUUGGUAACCGGGCGGCCACCUUUCCGCUUCAGAUGCUGGGCUACGAUGUAGACGUCGUCAACACUGUCCAGUUUUCAAACCAUACAGGUUACGGAUACACCAAUGGCUGCAAGACAACAGCCGACCAGCUGACAGCCAUUUUUGAAGGCUUGAACACCAACGGACUUUGCGGGUAUGCACGCGUUCUAACUGGAUAUAUUCCCGGAGCGGAUGCGUUGGCUGUUGUGGGAAGAGAGAUGCGGCGCUUGAUGGAGACAGAAGGAGUCGUGUACCUCCUUGACCCUGUCAUGGGAGACAUUGGAAAAGGAUUGUACGUCAGCGCCGAUGUCAUCCCUGUGUACAAGAGCUUGAUCAAGAGCGCGACGAUCAUCACCCCGAACCAGUUCGAGGCCGAACUACUCUCUGACGUCAAAAUCACGUCUAUGUCCACGCUGUACCAGGCAUUGACAGCACUUCACGCUACCUACGGUGUCAAACACGUUGCCCUUUCAUCCAUUUCUCUUCCUGUGUCACUGGUGUCGAGCCUCGGUAUUCCUGCCCCGCCUUCGUCGUACACGCGACUUCUUCCGGAAAGCCGUCCACCAUGGUACGACGCCGUGGGCGUUGCCAAAGGUGACGACGAAGUCCUUGUGUGUUUCUCAAGCACAUAUGCGGAUGGCGAGCUAGAGACUUAUGCCUUCGCCCUUCCGACGAUCCGAGGGUACUUUAGCGGCGUCGGCGAUCUUUUCUCUGCCUUGGUGCUCGGCCACUAUCUCCGGCCCGACAGCGCACUGUCCGAUCUUCCUCCCCUCGCCUUUGCCGUGUCGCGUGCUCUCCUCACUGUCCAGCAAAUCCUCCUGCGGACACAUCUUUUCUCCCUUACUGUAGCCAAUUCGGGGGCCACCACUCCUCAACCGUUACGGGAGGGUCCUCCAGCUCCGGAUUCUAUUAUUCCCUCGGACUCGGAACUUGAUAAUGCCAUUCCCCUCAACCCGUCCAACACCAAGCGAAGAGCGCGGCGCAUGCGGGUUCGCGAGAUGCGUGUCGUCCAGGAGCGCGAACUCAUCGCCGAUGGAGGAGAAGGCUGGCUGGGCGUUGAAGUCGACUGGAAAGUUGCCAGGUAG